AUGACCAGCACGUACUGGGGCGCCGUCGACCCCGUCCAUCGCGCCGCAGCUGUCUCCGUGGAGGAAACGAUGCAGUUCUACCGCGAUCAGUUCAAGACGACUGCUACUCGAAACAUAAGACAAAGCCCAGAACGACAGCAAAUCCCAGCGACAGCGUUCAGUGCGGACGCUGCGAGUACGUUGAAGGCUGUGCUCGAGACGGCACUGGAGGCGCUGCGUCAGACGAAAUCCAUCGAAACACGCGCCUUUCUCUCACCAACCCACGUCUUGACAGGCGCCCCCAAGUCAGUGACUGCAGAAACGCCGGCGUAUUUCUCAGACGAGUACGAACGCACGUUAAAGCGUGUGCGCGUCAAGGAAAAGUUUCGCGCAAGUCGGCGACUCCAUGGCGCAGUGUCCGACGCGCAAUUGUACUUUUGCGACCGGCGGCCUAUCGAUCGUCGCAAGCCAACUAAGGUCAACGACGAUUGGCUGUCGAUGCAAGCAUCAAGCAUCGAUGCAGUGGAGGCGCGAGGGAAACACGUAUGCGCGCUGGUGGCGGACCAGCAGCACCGAGAAAUUGACCGCGAGAAGCGAAUCCAUCAAACGCACAACUCAAAGUACAUGGAUGCGGUGGCGAGAGUCGCGAUAGAGCGAUACGAAGCGGCCGACCAACUCAUGCGCAUUCUAGACGACUACGGGCUCAUCAAGUCGAGCACGUCGGCGGAGUACUUGAAGAAGACGCUGGCGCGGCGACCAACGCGAUUGCCGGCGAUACAAUGA